AUGGAACACUCUGAAGAUAGCCUGCCUCGUCUUCGACCUUUAGGCCCCAUAGAGCAGUACUCUGCCUUCCGCAGUCAUCUAGGCAUUUAUCUCAAUGUCUGCGUGACGGCCAUCUACCAGAGGGAAGAUGGCAGACCUCUGAAGCCAGUGUUGUAUCGUGCCCUUGCUGCGAUGAUUGAAAAGCACCCGAUCCUGUCCGCCGUUCCGGUGGAUAUCCCAACGAAACCUCGAUUUGCUCGUUUAAGCCAUAUUGACCUUGACCAAGUCGUCACUUCUCGCGAGGUCCAAGGAUGUGCGGAAGAUAAAGCCAUAUUAGAACAGAUGCUGCAGGACCAACAUAACCUCCAGUUCUUGUACAGGCCAGGCGUCCCAUUUUGGAGAAUUUGUGUCCUGGAAGACCCGUCCGAUCGUGCUCGCUUUGUUCUAUGCUUCUGUUUUCAUCAUGCGCUGGCAGACACGAAGAGCGCUCUGGUUUUCCACGAGGACCUGGAGCACGAGCUAUCCGCGGCAGGGGAAGGCGCUUUCACUACUCUCGUCGCGGCAUCCCAGGCACCUCUACUGCCCAACAUAGAGGCAAUACAUGAAUUGCCGAUCUCGCCGCAAUACCUUGCCAGCCAGAAAGUUAGCAGCCACCCCCCGGAAAAAUGGAGCGGGGCUCCGCAAUGCCUGCCCGUCCGCACGAGGGUCUCUUCCAUGUGGCUCGCCUCGGCGACAUUAGCCGACCUGAAAAAACAAUGCAGAGACCAGAAAACUACUAUAACCGCACUGAUGAUGUCUCUGAUUGCGAGGUCCUUUUUCGAUGUCCUACCAGCAGAGUAUACGAGAAUCCAAGGGGAUGCAGCGAUGUCCUUGCGCUCCAUCUUACCGUUGCCGAUAACCAGUCGCUCGAUGGGCUGCUACAUCGCAACGUUCGACGAGCAGUACGCAAGGAAUUCGGAAUCAGUGUGGCAGGAGGCCAGAAGGACGAAGGAGACUAUCGACCGGGCAGUUCGAGGACAGGGCGCUGAUAUGCCCCUGGGCUAUCUCGGUCAUGUUCCGGACAUGGCUCAGUGGUUUCUCGACAAGAUCGGAAAACCGCGAGCAGCUGGCUUCGAAUUAAGUAAUGUGGGGUUUCUGGAGAGCGACAGGGCCCAGAGCGGAUACAGGAUUCAAAGCUUGCUGUUUAGCCAGUGUGCCGGUGCCUGUUCACCCGCCGUCAAGGUCAGCGCGGCGACGGGGCGAGACGGCAGGAUGGGGUUGGCGUUUUCCUGGCAGGAGGGAGUGGUGGCUGACACCACGGUUCUGGAGGUGAUGCAGAGGCUGGAGAGAAAGGUGAUGAACAUAGUAGGACGUAGGAACUAA